UCCCGACUCCUAUCAAAAUCAAUUUUUAUAGGUUAUGUAAAUACUAUGUGGUGCCCCUGCUAAAUCACGAAAUUUCCAAAUAAUUUACUUAAUUUCGUAUAAAAAUGAGUUUGAUACGUCUGCACAGGACCAUAAGGCCGCACUCUUUCACAAAAGUAAAAUGUUUCUCUACGGUGGCUACCCAGGAGGACGAGGAGUAUACCGCGACCCCCCAGUACCCCCCAAUUUUAGAUCUUUCUUACGAAAAACGAAUGGAAAGAAAGCGCGAAGCCAAACACGAGGAACUUCGAAAGGUGAAAACUGUUGAAGAGAAACAGCUUAAAGUGAAUAUGCCCAGAUAUUAUGGCUUUAAAUCCUAUAUGCUUUUGGAGGAGCAGGGCCAGUAUAAUAGUUUACCACUGGCCCAACAUGUCACUAGAACCCACUUUAUAAAAGAGAAAGAUUUACCGGAGUGUUAUCAGGGCAUUAAUGUAGAUGAUAUUACUGGCAUUUCCGAGGAUAUUCAGGAGGCCCUUUUGAUGGAAAUUGAGGAAACACAGCGAAUUCAGGAUUUAAAAGAGGACAAACUUACUGAUGUAGAACGUGAAAAUAUUAUUAGCUCUUCAGUUGUUAAAAGUAUAAACAGAGUGUUAAAUAACCAUUUGGCUCAUCAGUACCCGCAUAUUUUAGAUAAUAAGAUUGAUAUUGAGCCCAGAUUGGAAUCCUCUUGGGUGGUAGGAGGAAUAGAGCCAGAUACUUUAAUUAAAAAAAGGCUACAGGGCCACGAGUUUUUCAAACAGUUUGUAAAUGACCCUAUAGAUAGAACUUUUUGUUAUCUGGGAUCACCUACUCUUACUAUCAGGGCUGAGCAACCAUUGCCUACCAUAAUAAGCCCUUCGGAUGCGGAGAACCCUGCUCUGGAGGUUCCUCAUUUUAAAUAUGAUCCUAGGGUUUUAGGGAUGGGGAUAGAUCAUAGGCAUGCGGCCAAUAUACCCGGUUUUUGGCCUGGAGAUAGUCACACUUUUGGUCUUAUAUCCUUCCUGAAAACUGGUUACAUGUUGGAGAGAAAGAAGCUUUUGCCAGAUGAAAUUGAUAAUGAGGAAGCCAUGCAUAGACAAGCCAUUUUGUCAUCAUAUGCUUGGUUGCAUUCCCAGGCCAAUUAUUUAGGUUUUACAACUUACAAUGACCUAACUUAUCCCUUAGUCACUCAAACGGUGCUAACCAAUGGAAAAGACUUCAGGUUCUACAUUUACCAACUAAACACCAUUAUUUUGCACAGUAAAAACACCUUGGAAAAUCCCAAGAGGAAUGUGUGCUGGUCCAAUGGAAACAUGAAGCUGUAUGAGGAAAUUAACGAUGGAAAAAUCGUCGGUUUCAAUGACGAUUUGGUGAAAACCUUAGUGAAACUGUACAAAAAUGAACCGAAAGAGCGUCUCGGAAUCAACUUGAGGCCCUACUUGAGUCAAACUGAGAAACUCAUAGCAGAUUAUGAAGACGACGAGAAACGUAAAUGGCUUGAAAAGGAGUAUAAAUACAUCGUCUCGAACCGUCCGAGGUUCAAGGAAUUCGACGAAAUCUACAGCUGGGAGAAGAUCUACAAAAUCGAUCACAAAACAAGAGGCAUGGAUAAGAGACGUAGAUUCUUCGAGUUGUUCCAGAAACCCUGGAGACGAACUUUGGACGACCGGUUACCGGAGUACGUGCCCAGGUGCCUUCGACCCGAAUUACCUAAACGUUUGGGCAGGAGAGUCAAGGAGUUUUGGCCCUAAGAAGUUCAGAGGCGUAAUAAUGUGUGUAUGUUUUUUUUUAAUAUGUAUAAAAUAGCAUCUUUGGCCGAUGUAAAUUUAGUUAAAACUUAAUGUGUUUUAAACGUUAUAAAGUAAAUCAUCAGGUUUAAAUAAAGAAGACAAAAGCUGCA